UCUACUUCUCCUUGACUUUUAGUGGCACUCCAUUUAAGCAAAGAUCUCUACUCUUUCAUAUCUCCAAGCAAGAAGAAAAGAGGAGCUCCAUUUCCAAGUAAAUUAAGAUGUAUGAUCCUAUUUUCGCCAAGAGCUUCAGCCGCUUCGAUCGCCAACGAUUCGGAUGUUUCGCUCUCGUCCUCGCUCUCUUCAUCGCGCUAAGCAUUUCCUCCGCAUUCAAGCCUACUUUGCAUCCCUUGACACUUAUUGGCGAUGCUGUCAAUUUUCAACUCUCGAUCAGUGCUGUGGAAACCAUGCUCAUCGAUGAUAUCACUGUUCAAACAGAUAGUGCUAAGAGCAUGCUGGCGAUCAACGAAACAGCCAAAAUUGAGCCGUUGAAGUUGAAAAGCAUGCUUGUGACGAAUGAGUCGGUGAUGGAAACCAUGCUCAUCGAUGAUGCCAUUAUCGACAAUAUCACUGCUCAAAUAGAAGAUAGUGCUAAGAGCAUGGUUGCGAUCAACGAAACAGCCAAAAUCGAGCCGUUGAAUUUGCAAAGCAUGCUUGUAACGAACGAGUCAGUGACGGAACUAGCUAGAGAAUGGCGGAAUGUGGAGCCGUUGUGCAGAGUUUUAAAAUCAAAUGCAGAUUACUGCGAGAUCGAAGGAGACGUUAGAGUCGACGCGAAUUCGUCUACGAUUUUUGUCGUGAAGCCGCGUUCGUAUCAAAUUUUGGAUACGAACGCGGCUUCUGAUUGGAUCAUAGAGCCGUAUCCUAGAAGAGGAACCGGAUUUGUUAAAAAAUGGACGGUUAAAUUAGCGGCGGAAGACGACGCCUCCGUUCCGAAAUGCGACCGGCUUCAUUCUCUUCCCGCAUUGCUCUUCUCAAUCGGCGGAUUCAGCGGAAAUCACUUCCACGAUUUCGCCGAUUUACUAGUUCCACUGUUUACGACGUCGUUCCGAUUCAAACGAAACGUGCAUUUUCUCGCCACCGACUACAAGCCGUGGUGGCCGGGGAAGUUCCGCCCCCUCCUCAGCCGCCUCACCGGAAGCGAAAUCCUUGACAUCGACCGCGAAAACACCACAAAUUGCUACGGGAGACUAAUCGCCGGCCUCAAAUUCGACAGCGAGCUAGUGGUGGCGGCUGAUUCCGCUUCUUCCUCCGGCGCGAGCAUGCUCAAAUUCCGGCAGCUCCUCUGGAAAACUUACUCUCUGAAUAGAAAAAAAGCGAUCCGCGGUGACGCGCGGCCUCGCCUGAUGAUCGUGUCGAGGAAGAGGACGCGAAUUCUGACGAACGAGGAUCGGAUCUCACGAGCGGCGGAGAAGCUAGGGUUCGAGGUGGUCUCCGCCGAGGGCGACCACUCGACAAAUCUGACGAAAUUCGCGCAGCUGGUGAAUUCGUGCGACGUGAUGGUGGGGGUGCACGGCGCGGGGCUGACGAACAUGGUUUUCCUGCCGGAGAAGGCGGUGCUGGUACAGAUUGUGCCAUUAGGCGCCAUUGACGUGUUCGCGAAGCUCGAUUUUGGGGAUCCGGCGGCGGGGAUGGGGAUUAGGUAUCUGGAUUACAAAAUUGGAUUGAAGGAGAGCUCUCUGAUUCAGAAAUAUGCGGCGGAUCAUCCGGUGAUUAGAGAUCCGAUUUCGAUACACAGGAAGGGAUGGAAUGAGCUCAGAAAUGUUUACUUGAAUAAUCAGAACGUCACCAUUGAUGUACGGAGGUUUAGAGCCACUUUAGCUAAGGCACUCAAGCUUUUGCGUCGUUGAUCUUUGUUUUUUGGAUAGGUUUUGUUGCAUUUUGUGUAACUAUGUGUUCUUCGUGGAAAUAUUGGUUGUAAAUGUAAUUUUGGAAUUGUUGAUCAUUGAAAGAGUUAAUUGCUAA